UACUAAUUAUUCCGUUCGAUGGUAUGUUGGUGUGUCCCCAGAAGCGCCAUGUAUGAGAGAUCCGCCACACGUCUUAAGGUCACAUGGUUUUCAAGAAAAAUAAUAAAAUAUCAAGCAUAAAUCAACGUAAAAGUACUAAUCGAUCUGUUCCUGGGAGCUUCGGCCGUCUUCAGUACCUACAGAAUUUGGUUAGCGAAUAUCAGCAAACUGAAAUAACGGAACACAAGGAACAGAUUUUAGCCAAUCUUGCUAAUUUCUGCUACGACUCUCGGAACGGCCCACAACUUCGUCAAUUGCGCGUCAUUGAUCUCUUUUUCGACUGUAUCUUAGAACCAUCAAGUGCGUGGUUCAAAGCUGCCUUCCAAUCCGGAUCAAAUUUGAAAGUUGAUGAAGGCGAAGCUCGUCUAGUUGAAUUUGCUCUUGGAGGUUUAUCUAAUCUUUCGGCUUCAUCACCUCUAAAUCGUCAAGAAAUUCUCAAUCACAUACAUUUACCGUGUAUUGUAGCUUGUACUACAUCUCCAGACUCCACAGUUGUUGUACAUUCGCUGACUAUUAUCAUACAUUUGUUUACUCGUUGUCCGAAUUCAGAAGAUUUUAUUUCUUUGGGUACUAAGUUUCCUGCUAUCAUCCAAAUAGCUCGUCAGUACUGUGAGUCACGUAAUCGGCAGACAGACAUUGAUCCUCGAAUUCCAAUUUUAUCACAAAUACUACUGGAAGACUGUUGUAAUUGCAGUUCUUCUCAUUAAAACUUUGUUGUUUCAUCCAAAUGUCCUUCGUAAAGAAAUUUCGAUGCUUACGAAUCACAUUAUUUCUUAAUACUCAUCGAUCCCUAUCUCUCUGCUCACCUACAACGUUUUCAGUACAUUCUUAUUGUCAGCUGCCUUUAACUACUUUGCCCGAAAUUCGUAAGAGAAAUUUAAAUGAGAAAGUACUAUCCACCUGUUCUCAAAUUAAGAGUGGUAAACUUGAUCUGAAUCCACAGUCUGAAUCACUACCAUAUCAGUUACCUGGUUCAUUAACUGAUCAAACAGAUACAAGUACUGUUGAUGUAGAAUGUAAAAAACACUUUUGCACAGCUGAAAAAUCCCAAUCACUUGGAAGCACUUCAAUUAAUAAAUGGGUUUCUAGUCCUCUAGUAACAUCGUCAUCAUCAUUCUCACCAUCAACACCAUGCCCAACUACGGUGGACCUGGUUUUAACUCAACCACCUGCUGUCCUACUUUUCAAACAUUAUGCAUCAAUUGCUGCAGGUCUUUCAAAGGCUCGUCUUACAGGUUUAGUUGUUUCAACUGCUUUAGUCGGUUGUGGCUUAGCAGCAUCUACUAGUAUGGUAUCACCUGAAUUCCUAGAAAAUUGUUAUUCGACUACAAUUUGUUUAGCUCUUGGAACUACACUAACCAGUUCUGCUGCAAAUUCAAUCAAUCAAAUUAUCGAAAUUCCUUACGACAGCCAAAUGACUCGUACACGAAACCGUGUACUCGUUCGUGGUUUAACUACACCCGGCAGAGCAGCUCUUUUUGCACUGGCUUGUACUGGAUCUGGACUAUCACUGCUCUAUUUCGGUGUAAACCCUCUUGUUACUUCAUUGGCUGCUGUAAAUAUGUUAUUGUAUACAUGUAUAUAUACACCAAUGAAACAGAUUAGUCAGGUUAAUACAUGGGUUGGAGCUUGGGUUGGUGCUAUACCUCCAUUGAUGGGUUGGGCUGCAGCUACUGGACAAUUACAGUGUGGUUCAAUAAUCCUAGCAUGUUUGUUAUAUGUGUGGCAAUUUCCACACUUUAUGGCACUCAGCUGGAAUAUGCGUAGCGAAUAUUCCAAAGCUGGUUACGCAAUGACAUCUAUCAUCAAUCCGGAUUUAUGCAAGCGAGUUGCUUUACGUUAUUCAAUAGCAUCAAGUUUAGUUUGUUUAGCUGGUGCUGGUUGCAGUGCUCUAAGUUUAGGACCAUGGGCUGGUUGUGCAUUAGGCAUUGGUUCAUUGCCAGCUAAUAUAGGCUUGAUUUAUUAUGCAUGGAAAUUCGCCAAAUCCAAUUCAAAUGUAGCUGAUGGAAGUUCUGCUGCUGCAAGACGUUUAUUUCGAGCAACAUUAUUUCAUCUACCUGUAGUUAUGAUUACUGUGUUAUUGGGUUCUUAUUGUUCUAUCAAUUCUGGGCAUAUGUAGUGAUAUAUCUGUAGGCGAUUGGAUUAAGUUUAUUAAUGUAUGUACCUAGAUAUUUUAUAACAUAUUAUCGUUUUCGCUUCUUAGUACAUUACCUUUAAUCAGUCUCGUUUUUGUAUCUCCAAUUCUCUGAAUGUACAUGGAGUUUUCUUCACAUUAGUUGUAUUAGUAAUUUUUCCCAACAACAGAAUUGUUUAUACUGAAUGAGUAUUUGAUUAUUUAUUUUACUGUAGAGGGUUUUUGGAAAUCGUUAAAUUUUGUAGUUAACAUUACGGAUUGUCCUCAGUUAGAUAAUUAUUAAAAAUCAGAAAAGUCUGGACAUUUGUUUCAUCCUAGUAUGAAAGUACCCACCAUUGUACAUCCAAGACCUCGCCGUUUGUCGGACCUAGGAGCUCCAGGUUUUGCGGCGAGUGAUUAACUUUUAGAUUGCUAGGGCGGAAUAUAAUUAUUUAUAUUUCCAACUGUAAUUAGUUCACGAUAUUGUGCAACCAACUUCUAAUUUCACUGGUGGGUAAUCGAUUCGCAUAAAUGUCUGGGCUGCACGGAUUAUGGCUUCUCAUGUGCUGAUUAUUGAGACAUUUUCAGAGGAGAUUUUCGAACUGACAGUGAGAAGCCGUAACCAGUAGAACUAAACAUCUUAUUGCACAAUGAUUCCAAAGCCAAUAGAUCCGGUGGUCAAGAAUAACAAGAUGUGAAUACUUAUUUAGAUUACAGGUUUAUGUGCCGUAGUGUAUAAAAUUUAAACUGAACCACCGCAAGAGACGCGAGCACCGCGUACUAAAUGUGGUCCGGUGUGGAUGCUUGACCGAGCACUUUCAACUAGAGGUGAAUCUAGUAAAAUUAAUAAGGUCAAUGUUGCUGAAGAAGGUAUUUAAGGAUUUAUUUACCUUUAUAAAUACUUAAAAAUUAUGAGAUUAUGAUGGGCACAAAAAUAAAUGAUCUAUCUCACAGUAAUUGCUGCAAUGGACGAUUCAGAACAAUAUGAAGACUUGACUUAUCAAAAACAUUCACUGACAUAUUACUAAGAGAUGAAAUCGAAAGGAGAAGAAAGUGCGUGUAUAAUAUGACAGAUAUUACGUGACAAAAAGUGGGACGAACUCACGGGAAAAGAAGCGGGAUUGUGCACUAAA